AGGUGAAUGGCGUGAAGGGGCCUGUGUUUGAGUAGUUACUCCGUGCCCGGGAGAGGGGGCGGCGGUUAACGGGAUGGCGACCGUCUGCAUCGGCGAUACGAUAAAGGACUUCAAGGUUUUAACGCUCUUGGGAAAGGGUUCGUUUGCAUGUGUUUACAGAGCAAAAUCUGUCAGUACAGGUCUGGAAGUAGCGAUAAAAAUGAUUGACAAAAAGGCAAUGCACAAAGUAGGAAUGGUACAGAGAGUCCGUAAUGAGGUGGAGAUUCACUGUCAAUUGAAGCAUCCUUCUAUAUUGGAGCUUUACAACUAUUUUGAAGAUGACAAUUAUGUUUAUUUAGUCUUGGAAAUGUGUCAUAAUGGAGAGAUGAGCAGGUAUCUGAAGAACAGGAAAGCUACAUUUUCUGAAGAUGAAGCUCGACACUUUAUGCAUCAUAUUGUUACUGGAAUGCUCUACCUCCACUCGCAUGGUAUAUUGCAUCGGGACCUCACCCUUUCCAACCUCCUCCUUACAAGCGAUAUGAACAUAAAGAUUGCUGAUUUUGGAUUGGCAACACAACUGAAAAUGCCAAAUGAAAAACAUUUUACUAUGUGUGGGACCCCUAAUUACAUUGCACCAGAGAUUGCAACCCACAGUGCUCAUGGCCUUGAAUCUGAUGUCUGGUCUCUUGGUUGCAUGUUUUAUACCUUUCUGGUGGGAAAGCCACCAUUUGAUACUGACACAGUUAAACAUACACUUAAUAAGGUGAUGCUGGCAGAUUAUAAAAUGCCAACAUUUAUCUCUAAUGAGGCUCAAGAUCUCAUUUACCAACUGCUUCGAAAAAAUCCAGAAGACCGUAUCAGUCUUUCUAGUGUAUUAGAUCAUUCAUUCAUGUUAAAAUGCCCUUCGUCCAGAAGUAAAAGUUCAGAAACUGUGGAGGAUUCAAUGGAUAGUGGGCAUGCCACGAUUUCAACAGGAUAUACCAUAGGAACAGGAUCUUCUGGUGCAAGUACAAUGGGACGCUUGCAACUAAAGACUAAACAAGUUAUAGGACAGUUUCUUCCCAACAAAAUGGCAGUCAUCACCUCUCACAAUAGACUUAAUAAUUCAUCCAUGGAAGGCAGCGCAGUCUUUAGUGACAAAAGUAUACAAAACUCUGAAAUUAUCCGAGCUGACAGAGGAAGAAUUGUACAAAUUGCAGAGGAAGAUCGACCUCACUCUCGUUGGCUUCGCAGGGCACACUCCACUGAUAGGUCUGGUACCUUUCAAAGUCACAUUACAGAAAUGCCCGGUAGUACUUUGGAGCGAUGUCACUCUGUUGAUGCUCUGACUAUUUCUGCCAGACCUGGAAUGUACAGUCCUGCAAAUCUGUAUGGAGAUGGUUAUAUAGAUAAUCAGCAAGUUAAUAAAAACAGUUCAGAUAUUGGUGGCUCACAUGAUAAAUCCACCAUAUCGCCACCUGUCAAGCAGACAGCAAAAUCAAAAGUUGCUCAGGAGCCUGAGUCCAAUGGGCCAUUCUUGGAGCAGUUGUCUCAGAUUGGCAUGACGCAUCGCUGGUUUGAAGAUGGUCAGGCACAUAAUGCUCCAUUCAAAACCGUUAUGGAUGUUAGUGCCGAAAGCAGCACGAGUGGAAGUUUCCAGUGUGGAAGAAAGCAACAUCUUAUGAAAGAAGUAAUAUCAGCAAGUACAUGGGGAAAACAUCCUAGCAACCAAGUGAAAAAUGAUGAUAGUUUUUAUCAAGAAAGCUGUUUCAAAGCACAGAUGGGAAUUCGGAAGUAUGAUGGGGUUCUUCGACCGCAUUCUGCCAAAGCAGGUAAUGGGCAAGCAGACGUUCCGUACAACUGUCGUCAAGUUUUGAAACCACAAGGCUUCAUCCAACAGGAAAGACAACCUUCUGAGAAUCAGUCGAAGAUGUUGCAAGAGUUGGUGUCACCACUGAGGGCCCACAGACUUAAACCGAUCCGUCAGAAAACCAAAAAUGCAGUGGUGAGCAUUCUCGACUCUGAAGAAGUAUGUAUGGAACUUCUAAAAGGGAGUGGCACUCAAGAGCGUGUGAAGGAAGUACUUAGAAUAUCUUCAGAUGGAAACAUGAUCCAUAUUUAUUACCCAAAUGAGGGAAAAGGUUUCCCACUGGAUGACAGGCCUCCGUCUCCACCCGAGGAUGUAUUUGUUUAUCGUUUUGACAACUUGCCAGAAAAGUACUGGAAAAAAUAUCAAUAUGCAUCCAAGUUUGUCCAUUUGGUGAGAUCCAAAACUCCAAAGGUCACACUGUACACUAAAUAUGCCAAAUGCAUGCUGAUGGAGAACAGUCCACAAGCUGAUGUUGAAGUCUGCUUUUAUGAUGGAGCCAAAAUUAACAAAUCAUCAGAGUUUCUUCGAAUCAUAGAGAAAUCUGGAAAAUCACAUACUUUCAAAGGAACCAAAAUAAAUGGGCCAAGCGAAGAAAUAAAUUCUUAUGUGGAACAUGCAUGUGAGGCUCAUCAAACUUGCCUCGAACUGGAAUCGAUUAUUGCUAUACAAGAUGAGAGGAAGGAAAAGCAGGUGUCAUUUUUUCCAAUUAUCAUUGGAAGACGGCCAUCCAGCACAGACCCGAUGCUAUCUCCAGCUCCUUCAGUAGGCUCAAAAUCUGCAGUAGGGGAGCAACCACCGAUCCAACAUAUCUUUUCUAGCCAGGCUACAAGCAUUACUCCUUCAAUUUGUUCAUGUGAAAGCUCCAAUUUAACAGCAAUCACUGUUGAAAAAAAUAAAUCUGCACCUUCAACUCAAACUGUGGUAUCUCCAAGUCCUGGGCAGGUGCUGAAAUCUGUGUUUGUACCUAAUGUUGGUUGGGCUUCUCAGUUAAUCAGUGGUGAAGUCUGGGUUCAAUUUAACGAUGGUUCCCAGCUCCUGGUGCAAGCUGGAGUCGCCUCUGUUAUUUACACGUCUCCUCAGGGCCAAGCAAUCAGGUAUGGGCAAAAUGAGAAGAUUCCAGACCAUGUGAAAGGGAAACUACAGUGCCUCUCUUCAAUCCUAGGAUUACUGGCAAAUCAAACAAACCAACAUACAAUUCAGUAAGCAAGCUCAUCUGCUAUAAUGUGAAGUCAGAAGUUUAACAACAUUUUCUACCCGUAUACUGUCAUAUGUUUUCAGAGAAAAACUGAGCUUUUUCUAAAAAGUAUGGAAUUUGAUUAACAACUAACCAAGUU